AUGGGAUCCGUAGACUCUGGCGACACGGUCACGGACUUCAUGCCGCAGGAGCGGGAGCGAGGGAUAACCAUCCAGAGCGCCGCCGUGACAGUGGAGUGGGGGGGAGGAAGGAUCAACGUGAUCGACACGCCGGGGCACGUGGACUUCGGGCUUGAGGUGGAGAGGUGCGCCCGCGUGCUGGAUGGAGCGGUCCUUGUCCUUGACGGGGUGGCAGGGGUCCAGGCGCAGACAGGCAUGGUGGACUUGGUGACCAUGACUGCCGUCCUCUACCAAGCGGGAGCCGACGGCUUGGGGAAAAUGCGCGCAUCGGCCAGGGAUAGCGUUACCUUCGUGACGCUGCCACUUGACCACGCCAACGACAUUUUCCCGGGGACGGUGAAGCGGGCAAACGCGGCGAGGCAGGAACUGCUCUGGGCCCUGGCCGAUGCGGACGAGGUUUUCGCCGAGCUGGUCUUAGAGCGAGACCAGCGGGGCGGCGGCGGCAGCGACAACGCCAACGACGACCUCUACAGCCUCCCCGAGAUCCUGUCCGCCGUGCGGCGCGUCUGCCUCGCCCGUGCCGCCGUCCCCGUCCUCUGCGGCUCCUCCCUCCGCGGCAUCGGGGUCGAGCCGCUGCUGGACUCCGUCUCGACCUUCCUGCCCUCCCCGCUGGACCGGCCGAGGCCGACCGGGGUUGUGCGGGAGCCGGCGUCGAGAAGCGGCGGUGGCGGCGGCGGUAGCAAGAAGAGGAGGAGGGGGGAGGGUGCCGGUGUUCGGGCCGCCGGCGGCGCGGAGGCGGCGGGGACGGAAGAGGGAGGGGCGAUUUUUGAGGUGGACCCUCUGCAGGACGACCUGGUCGCUUUCGUUUUCAAGGUCCUCCGAGUCGAGGCCGACGACCUGCGGAUGGUCGACUCCGUAUCCUCGGGCGACGUGGCGGUGGCGGUGGGACUGCCGCACGCAGCCACCGGUGACACUCUCGUCGCCCUGCGGGGAGGGCUGAGGGGCCUGCAGCUGGACGGAGUCGCGGUGCCCCCUCCGGUCUUUUCCUUGGCGGUUGAGGCGGAGUCGUCCAGCCAGCAGGCGAGGGGGCGGGGGGGGGUAGGGGGGGAGUGGCCCCGGGCAUCUUUCGAGGCGGCGCUGGCGCACAUGGUGCGGGAGGACCCUUCUCUGGUGGUGGAAGCGGACGAGGAGUCCGGCCAGACAGUGCUCAAGGGUGUCGGGGAGUUACACCUGGAGGUAGUGCUAGACGAGGACUACGAGCGCACUUUUGGCGGCAAGACAAUUGCCGCGGGGCUGACGAUCAGGGUAACGCCGACGGACGACUUGUCAUCCGCGCCAGAGGUCCAAGUCUCGCCGGAGGUGGAGGCAGGGCUGGUGAAAGACGAGAUGGACGCGCUGUUGGGGGGGCUCAACGACGCGCUCCGCCGCGGGCCGGCGGGCGGCUACCCUAUGACCGGCCUAACCCUCUGGGUGCUCGCGGUGAGGAAGUUCGGCGACCGCGCCACUACCCCGGGGGCGGUCCGCUUCGCGGCCGCGUCCGCCGUGGGCCGCGCUGCUCGAGAGGCUGGAGGCGGUCUCCUAGAGCCCAUGAUGGAGGCCGAGGUAUCGGUGCCGGAGGCGCACGUCGGCGCCGUCCUGCAGGACCUGACCGCCAACAGGCGGGCGGAGGUGCGGGCGGUGGAUGGGCCGGAGCUGGUGGCGGCGGCGGCGGGUAGAGGUGGCGGCGGUGGCGGGGGGCGGGGGAUGGGGGUGCGGCACGAGGUUCGGGUGCGGGUGCCCUUGAGGGAGCUGCUGGGGUACGCGACGACUCUGCGGUCGCUGUCGGCCGGGGAAGCGAGCUUCACGAUGGAGCUGGGGGGCUACGCGAGGAUGGACGAGGACGCGCAGAGGGCCGCCCUUGAAGGAGGCUGGUGAUUGGUGAUUGGCGUGUUGAGGUUGGACGUUUUUUCUUGUUCAGUUGAACCGGUGGUGUGGUGAUGGAAAUGCUUCUGAUAUAGUGUAUUCAAAGUGAUGCGUCAGAUGAGAGUUUGGCUGAAGAGAGAGAGGGGGGGGGGAAAGGUAAAGAGGAGCACGGGCUCAAGUUUUUUUUGCAUAGGCCUUGCGUCGUUUGGGGCGGGAGAGAUGUACUCACUCCUAGUAUGUGUGCCGAGUGUGCCUCGCUGCUCCCGCGAUGGUUGAGUUCCUUCCUUGUUUCGAGUCUAGACUGACCUGCGUACAGUUACAAUACCCUGCAAAUUUGUGUGAAUCUCUUGCUUCUUUCGUCCUAUGAGCAGGUUUGUACUUCGAACAUCGUGGU